UUCCCUUCUUCUUUGUAUUCUUCUUUGUAUUCUUCUUUGUAUUCUUCUUUGUAUUCUUGGGCUACAUUUGUUCGUUUCUGCUCUCACUAAAGUUCGUUUCUGCUCUUCAAAUCUGUGGAUCUUCUUUUGAAUUUAUCUUUUUUCUCCAUCUGGGUACCAUUUGCUUCUGAGUUUUGGGGUUCUGGGGUGGUCUGUAAGCAUUUUAUUUUGUUUUUUGGCGGCUGUGUUGAGAUGGAGGAGCGUUAUGAGCCAUUGAAGGAACUUGGGUCUGGGAAUUUUGGGGUUGCGAGGUUAGUCAGAGAUAAGAAGACCAAGGAGCUUGUUGCAGUCAAAUACAUAGAGAGGGGGAAGAAGAUUGAUGAAAAUGUUCAGAGGGAAAUUAUCAACCAUAGGUCUCUGAGGCAUCCGAAUAUCGAUCGGUUCAAGGAGGUACUCUUGACACCAACACAUUUAGCUAUUGUCAUGGAAUAUGCAGCUGGUGGUGAACUCUUUGAGAGAAUAUGCAGUGCUGGCCGUUUUAGUGAGGAUGAGGCUAGAUUUUUCUUCCAGCAGCUAAUAUCUGGAGUCAGCUACUGCCACUCAAUGGUACAGUAUCAGCUUCCUUUCCUUGUGUGUUAGACCAGAUUAUAGUGGUAGUAGCAUUUGUGGUAGUGUUUGUAUUCUCAUCCAUAAAGAUGUACAUUGUAUAUUAUUGUCUAUGCUGCAAUUUUUUUUUUCUCUGCUGAAGUUUAAUUUCUGGGAUAGAAGUGCUGCUUCUUUUUUUGAGAUGUGUGCUUUUUUUUUUUU